UGUCCCUUAACAUUUUGAAGUCAAUGGAGGUAAUCCCUAAGAACAACCAAUCUCCAUUAAUAACCAUUUUAUUGUGGAACAGAAAACGAUCGCUCCCAAGAGGUUUCACUGUAUAUAAUAUUUUCUCCUGUUUUACAUAUGUUUUUUUUCCAGGCAUAUAUUGCAUGUUUUUGGGGUGUUCAUCAUGUUGGUAUUGUCACCCUUUUUUUCGGUGUCGGCGGCGCAAUCAUGUCUCUACUCGUGGGACCAUUGGUGAAGUACAUCUCUCAGAUAGCCGUGAUCAUUUUAGGAGCAUGUCUUAAUGUAACUAUCUGUUUGUUAUUAUUUGUAUGGAAACCAUCGCCAGAGACAACUGGCAUUUACUUUGUCAUCGCAGGAAUAUGGGGAAUGGGAGAUGCCAUUUGGUGGUCACAAAUACCAGCCCUCUACGGACUGAUGUUCCCAAAAGAUAGAGAAGCUGGUUUUUCAAACUUAUAUUUUUGGAGCUUUUUUGGAUCUUUUCUAAGCUACUCUUAUGCUAAUUACCUUUCUAUUUCUGUCAAAAUAAAUAUCCUGAUGGCAUCCCUACUGAUUAGUAUGGUCUGUUACCUAGUAGGCCAGUUCAAGAUGAAAUGUUCUGCCCGGAGAGAAUAUAUUGCAAUCGAAGAUGAUUAAUGAUAGCAAACAUUUUAGAAUCUCAAAACUGAUGCUUCAACAUUCUUGUAUAUAGAAAAAGUGCUUGU